CUGCGAGCAAACCGGACUAAACGUCACAUUCAUGCGUUUCCCCUGCUUGUGUGUCUGGGAGCGUAAUCUUUUCCUUCCGAAUACGUUUCUCUCCCGAGAAAUAUACCCAUGACACAGUGGGUUUAAUAUCAGGAGGUGAUCCCGGAUUCCCCAGCCGUCCGAAUCCAAUAUCUGGGUCCUCUCCUCCCUCCCUCCAGGCAGCAGGUUGCCAUGGAAAACUCGUCGGUGGCGUCCGCGUCCUCAGAGGCGGGCAGCACUCGCUCACAGGAGAUUGAGGAGCUGGAGCGCUUCAUCGACAGCUACGUGCUGGAGUACCAGGUGCAAGGCCUUCUGGGAGACAAAAACGAGACGUACCUGGACGGAGACAACAAACCCCAGUCCCACAUUUCACAGUGGACAGAGGACUGCAAUGACAAGAAAGACGGGAGUUGGUCACCCUCGUGGGGGAGGGGCUCCAACAAACCAGAUGAUUGGGAUCACAGUAGUAAUGGCAGUACAGGAUCCAGGCCCAGCUCUGGCUCUAGACCUGGUUCAGGCUCCAGGUCUGGUAGCAGGGGGAGGAACAACCAAUUCAGAGGGCCAGCCAAGAUACAGAACGGGAACAGAGAAGGGUCCUUUGACAUCCUGGGUACUGACAUCUGGGCUGCUAACACCAUGGACUCUCACGGGUAUGUCAUGGGGGCAACAUGGGACCUCCAGCCUGAGAAGCUGGACUUCAGCCAGUUCCACAGGAAACCCUUCCGGGGAACACCAAAGCACCUUCAACACAUCGACAGAGAGGGAUCUGAAAGCCCAUACAUCCCUCCCAUUGAUCCUCUUCCAUGGGAUAAACAUGACAAUGAUGAUGCUGGUCCAUUCCAUUACUACUUAGAACUGAUGAUGAAAGGCAAGUUUGAAUAUAAUGAUGGGAUCAACUUGAACGACAUGGAGCAGUUCCUGCCAGGCCUUACCGGUUUCCCGCCCCUGCCUAACGAAGCUGAGAUCGCCCAAACAAAAAAGCUUUUCCGUCGCAGGAGGAACGACCGACGGAGACAGCAGCAGAGACCACCGGGGGGAGGAGAAGGAGACAGGAAGACCCAGCAGCAGCAGCAGUCGCCACAACAACAACAACAACAAACAGUCAAUCAACAUCCUCGUGACCAGCAGCAGCACAGAGGACAGUGUGGGGGUAGCCAUGGGCAGCAGUUUCAGGGCCACGGCGGGCAGCGCCAGGGGCCCCUCCACCAUGGCUACAGCCAGAACCGCCGCUGGCACCACAACCAGCAGGGGCAGGGAGGAGAACAGGGACCGCAGGGUGGCCCGGCAGUGGGCAGAGACAGGGGGGGAACCCCAACGGGAGACAGAGACAAGGGGGCACCACCCAGAAAAAAUGAAGAGACUGAUGUAAAGGCAGAGGAGGCCAGCGCUAGGCUGGAGCCAGAGAGCUCAAGGGGCCCCAAUGACGGGCCUCCCAGCCAGCCUGGGGGCCAGGGUGGCCCUAAAGUCCGUCUUCUGCCGUCGUCCAAAGAGAGGCUUAGGAGGAGGCUAAAAGACGAGGAGGAGGCGAUCGUGUCCCCAGCGGGCCCCCAGCGGAGCCGCAUGGACCGCUUGCUGGAGAUCCUGAACAGCAUGAGGAACAACAGUGCCGGGGUGGAUGGCCAGCUCAGCUCUUUCAUGGAGGAGGCCCAGACCUCGACCCAGUCAGAGGAGAGCCUGGCCCAGAUCGUCUCUACUAUCUAUGGCAAGGCCCUCAGCGACAGAAGCUUCGCCGCUUCCGCUGCCAGACUCUGUGACAAGAUGGCCACAUUCAUGGUGGAGGGGACCAAGUUUAGAUCAUUACUACUCAAUAUGUUACAGAAGGACUUCUCUCGUCGGAAGGAGCUGCAGGCAUCUGACGUGGAGCGCUGGUUGGGGUUCAUCACCUUCCUGUGUGAGAUGUUUGGCACAAUGAGGUCCAGUGCUGGAGAGCCCUUCAGAGUCCUGGUCUGUCCCAUAUACACCUGUCUCAGAGAGCUGCUGGAGUCUCCAGAGGUGAAGGAGGAUGCGGUCCUCUGUUAUUCUAUGGAGCUGCAGUCCACUGGUCGUCUCCUGGAGGAGCAGCUUCCAGAGAUGAUGACAGAGCUCCUGGCUGCGGCCAGGGACAAGAUGCUGUGUCCAGCCGAGUCCCAGCUAACUCGCUCCUUGCUCAUGGAGAUCAUCGAGCUGCACGCCAACCACUGGACCCCUCUGGAGGACCUCACCACACAGUACUACAACAGGACCAUCCAGAAGCUCACCACCGCCUAGCCCCCCAGACCCAGGACCUGUCCCACAGGUCAGGCACAUGGAGGCCUGAGCUGGGUUGAUGGCUGGGAUGCAUGGGGCUGGACUAGACAUGGGACUGUACAGAGUCGCAGAACAUAAUUGGUUGGCCCCAUACCAGACUGCAAAUGCAUUUAGGUAUAUGGAGAUGGGACUGACAAUACAUACAGACAGACUUGAAAUCCAUGCAAAGACAAACACUACACCACACACACAGACAGAAGAGACUGGCCACUGGCCAUGCAGCCUGCACACAUUCGACGGUGGGGGAGUGUCUGGUCACCGAGAUGGGUGGAGGACAAAGAGACGACAUGAUGUGUGUGUGGGGGGGGUUUGGAACAGCAGCCGCCUGUCCUUGGUGAACAGUCUCUCCUCAGAGGUUAAAAAGAGAAGAAGCAGGGGGGGUCCAAGGAGAUUUCUUUCUUUCUGUGUUCAUGGGCCAACCACCCUUCCUCCUUUUGGUCUUUCUCCUUUAUCUAUCUCCCCUCCUCCUCUCUGUCCCAGACCCUUUCACCCCAGGGUCUAUGUGGCUGACUGGGGGAGAUGAGAGGGGAGGCAGGCAGACCUCCCUCCAGUGGGCCAGGUCAAAUGUCCAGACUGCAGGGCUAGGUUCCAGUAAGGCCUGCCUUUGUCCCCCCACUCCCCAGAGGCGCUUUGUGUGGCUGAGACACUGGCUGGCGCACUCUGGAUUGCUGGCUGGGUAGCAGAUGGCUUCUGGCGCCUCAGUGGGCUGGCUGCAGACACCCUCCCAGUCCCACCUACACUCCAGCCAAGGCCAACCCAUCCUCCAACCCAGGCUAACACUAACCCAGCCAGGCCGCUGACAGACUGGGGCAGUGGGUUUGUCCUGGGGGCCAGUGGGGCUGCCGUGGGGGGCUAGGGAUGGGGGAUUGUUGGGAGGCGCAGCAGAUAGCAGCAUCAAGCCGCUGCUUUAGUGGAGCUUUUGUUGUCAUUAUCAUUUUCAGAGGGGUUUAAUUUUCUCUGUCCAUGCUUUUGUUACCUUUGUUAUUAAUUAUAGUAUAUUAUUGUUACUAUUAUUGUAUUAUUUCUUUUAAAUCAUGUACUGUAAAUAUGUAUGAUAAUGGAAUAUUUUAGAGUAGAGGUAUUGCACAGGUUUGAUUUAUUUUGCACUGUUUUAAGGUGAUUACUUGUUUUAAAAGAAAAAAAGACUUUUUAACGGUGGUAUGGAUAAAUACUAGCAUUAAGAAGAAUCAAUAGCUUUGAGGGGUUGGUUGACUAGAAAGGGAAGGUUUAGCCAGAAGGAAGAAUCAAAGAAAUUAUGGAUUUGAUGAAGUCAGUCAGACUAGUGGCCUUGUGAACUAUAACUGCAUUUAUAGAGUUGCGUCCUUGCUGUUUUGAAAGACAAGGCCAAGAGAGGUGGAGAGUGCUUUGCCGAGUGACCGAAUUUAGUGAGGUUAUUUAUUUGAUUUUUUUCCUGCAAAAAAAAAAAAAAAAAAAAAAAAACGAGCCUGAUACAAAUCGCUUCUUCAAAUGUUCUCCUGUUCAAGCAGCCAUUUUGCAGUGUUGGAUAUUUUGCAACUCUAUCUGUAUGAUGAUGAAGUAUUUGCUUUUGAGAGAGAAAAAAAUCUGUUUCAUUUUACAGAUUAUAAAAAAAUAUAUAUAUAUAUAUAUAUAUUUGACAAUGUAGUUAGCUAGUAUGUGAUUCGCAUUACUCUGGCUUCUGCAAAUGUGUGUACAACACUAUUAACAUAUCAACCCCAUCAUCAUUAUGUAAUCCAAUUAAAUGUAAUCGAAUAUACAGAAAAUACCCGUAUUUAAGACAACGAAGCAAGCUCUAGGAGGGCAUGGUGCAAAGAGAGACAAGGGCUUACGUCCCCUUUAUCAACCCUUCCAAAGUGUGCACUUGUUCACUUCCCUUUCCUGAUUUGAAAGGAAUGACUGGUAUAAGAAAUAUGAUAUUCUAGCCAUGAUGAUUAGCUAUAGGGUUGUGGUUGUGUGGAUAGGACGUGGCCUUUCCAUGUGUUCUUACUAUGGCUUCAGCUUAUGUUGAAGGAACUGCUCUUUCUGUGGGGCAGUCUUUCAGUCCCUAGUGUUACUAGCUUCUGAUUUCCUAUUGAACUGAAUCUCUGGGCAUUUCUUUUUCUUUCUUUUUUUUUUUUGCAUCAAGAAUUCAAAUAUUUUAAAGUUGGCACACAUCCAAAACAAUAGGGUAUUUUAAAACAGAUAACUGACGAAAUAAAGGAAACACCAACACUGGGGCUACCAUGAGCCAGAACAGCUUCAAUGUCCCUUGGCGUCGAUUCUACAAGUGUCUGGAACUCAAUUGGAGGGAUGCAACACCAUUCUUCCACUAGAAAUUCAAUCAUUUGCUGGUGUUGAUAAACGCUCAGGGAAUCUCCCUUACGUGUUCAAUUGGGUUUGAGAUCUGGUGACAGAGACGGCCAUGGCGUAUGGUUUACAUUGGUUUGAUGAGCAUGAAACAUUCAGUGCCCUGUGGAUGGGGUUAUUGUCGUCCUAUGGGGGCAUAGCCAUGGUAGCCAAAAUAAUGGCCUGCGCAGUAUUUUAUACAUGACCCUAAGCAUGAUGGGAUGUUAAUUGCUUAAUUAACUCAGGAACCACACCUGUGUGGAAAAACCUGCUUUCAAUAAACAUUGUAUCUCUCAUUUA